AAAAUAGUAUACAGUGGAAGUGCUGGCUGUAACACUAAAGAAGUCAUAGAUAGAUUAAGGUACCUUAAAGCUGAAAUUGAAGAUCUAGAACUGAAGGAAAGAGAACUUGAUCAGCAGAAGUUGUGGCUACAGCAAAGCAUCAAAAAUGUGAUGGAAGACUCGAUUAAUUAUAGAUUUUCCUAUGUAACUCACGAAGACAUCUGUAAUUGCUUUAAUGGUGAUACACUUUUGGCCAUUCAGGCGCCUUCUGGUACUCAGCUGGAGGUACCUAUUCCAGAAAUGGGUCAGAAUGGACAAAAGAAAUACCAGAUCAAUCUAAAGAGUCAUUCAGGACCUAUCCACGUGCUGCUUAUAAAUAAAGAAUCCAAUUCGUCUAAGCCAGUGGCUUUUCCCGUUCCCCCACCUGAUGACCUCACACACCCCUCCUCUCAGCCCUCCACUCCAGUGACUCCACAGAAAUCCAACACAGCAGCUCAGAAUCUGCCCGAGCAACAGGUCUCCGAAAGAAACCAGAAUCUUCAACAGACACCGGCCACAGACUUAUCAUUAGGAUCUAUUAGUGGAGAUAUCAUUGAUGAGUUAAUGUCUUCUGAUGUGUUUCCUCUCUUAAGGCUUUCUCCUACCCCGGCAGAUGACUACAACUUUAAUUUAGAUGAUAAUGAAGGAGUUUGUGAUCUGUUUGAUGUCCAGAUACUAAAUUAUUAGAUUCCAUGGAAACUCGGGACUGUUAUCUACCUCUAACUGUAACAUUUUAGACUUCUUAAUAACCUAAGUAUUUAAAGUAAUGAAUGUAACACCUUUUUAGUUCACUGAUUCUGAAGUGUUCUCUAAUAAUUUCUUUUUUUACUUCACAAAACUUCAACCAUAAAAACAAAGGGCUCUUUUCAACCAUAAAAACAAAGGCUUUUUUUCAGGGGGAAAAAGUGAUUAAAUACCCACAAAUCCUCCCUCCCCCCUUAAGUAAUUACAUUCUGGGAUUUUUAUCUUUUCUUCCAAUUCUGAAUCUUUCUGGGUUUUUUUUUUUUUUCCCUCUUAUGAGAGAAACAUUAAAGUAGACUAAGGUCAUCAAAAACAAAAAAAGUUGGUCAGCAGCUCAUCCCUUAUAUUUUUUUACUGCCAAGAAACUGUCCAUAUUUCUGUGUGUCCCUCAAUCCAAACACACAUUCACUGCCACUUAUAAAGUGAAGGAUGUAAACUAGGAUAUAUUAACUGUUUCAGUGAACAGAUUUUGUGAAGUGCCUUCUGGUUUAGCACUUUAAGUUUAUCACAUUUUGUUGACUUCUGACAUUCCACUUUCCUAGAUUAUAGGAAAGAUCUGUUUAUGUAGUUUGUUUUAAAAUGUGCCAAUGUCUGUACAUUAACAAGAUUUUUAAAAAUAAAACUGUAUAAAACAUUUAA